AUGAGAAGUCCGAAGGCAGAAUCCGAAGACAGGGACGUGAUUAUAGCAAGAGGUGAUGGAGAAGAUGAAUUGUGUUAUGAUUUUCAUGGUUUGAAGUUUGAUUGUGGAAGUAGUGGUGGUAAGAAAAAAAAAAGUUUUCAUCCUCCGAUCGAAACGCAUUGGGAUCUGCAUCCGUCAGCUUCAGGGAAAAAGUCUAAUCCGUCCCCUGUGAAGUCGCUCUUGUCUUACCCGUUCAUGAAAUUUAGGAAGAGUAAAAGCCUUGUAAUGAUUCUAGAAGGAGUUCGUGAUCCUAAGGAGAAACCAAUUGUCGAGUCUUUUCGCGAAAUGCUUUUACAAGAAGGUCUCGUACCACCUAAGCACGAUGAUUAUCACACUCUUCUCAGGUUUCUGCGCAUGAGGGAUUUCGACAUGUUAAAAUCCAAAGAAAUGUUCCAAAAUUGUCUCAAUUGGCGCAAGGAAUUUCGAGUAGACCUGCUUCCAAAGGAAUUCAAUUUCACUGAGUACAAUGAAGUGAAGAAAUGUUAUCCUCAUGGAUUCCACGGGGUUGAUAGAUUUGGAAGACCCGUGUAUAUUGAGAGAAUUGGGAUGGUAGACCUUAACAAACUGGGGCAAGUUACCACAUUUGAAAGGUUUAUCAAACAUCAUGUGUCAGAGCAAGAGAAAACUCUCAAACUAAGAUACCCUGCAUGUUCUCUAGUAGCUAAAAGGCACGUAGCAUCCACUACAAGUAUCUUGGAUGUCAACGGAGUAGGAAUGUCUAAUUUCUCAAAGCCCGCAAGGUACCUCUUUAUGGAAAUUCAGAAGAUCGAUAGCUGUUACUAUCCGGAGACUCUAAAUAAGCUCUUUAUUAUUAAUGCGGGAUCUGGGUUUAGGAUGCUGUGGAAAGCAGUAAAGGCAUUCUUAGAUGUACGCACAGUAGCAAAAAUUCAGGUGUUGGGCUCUAAUUAUCUCAGUGUUCUGCUUGAGGCUGUCGAGCCAAGUAAUUUACCAACAUUUCUGGGUGGUAAUUGCACAUGUUCCGAUCAUGGAGGUUGUCUGAUGAGUGAUCGAGGCCCCUGGAAAAAUCCAGAAGUGUUGGAAAUGAUUCAGGUUGUUAACUUGAGAGAAGAGAUUGCUGGUAAAUGCGAAGAUGUUGAGAAGGCUACAGAAGAUUCCUCGACGCCGAAAAAGGUUGACAUGCAAACCAAAGAUGACGAUAAUACUAUGAGUCUGGUUGAGCAGACAGAAUGUCCGGGGUCAGACUGUGCAUGUAAUUGUAAGUCAGCAAUACAAAAAAUUGAUUGCCUUGAAGCUAGUCUUGGAGAGAUAAAGAAUAAAAUCAAGACGCUGGAAGAUGCACUUCAAGACACAAAGAUGGCGUUGAAAGAACAUGCACAGCAUUCGGAACAGCCAAAAGUAUGA